CAAUCAAGUGAACCUGUGGCUACAUCCCCUUACAAACCCAACAUUUUCUCUAUCCUUAUGAGUUCUCACAUAGAGAAUACUGCUUGGAAACAAGCGGAGUUGGAUCACGCGCGGCCAGGAACAAAGCUCGAUGCAGCGCGCUUGGCUCAGAAAGGAGAACACGGCGGGAGAAGACUCGCGCCCUUCUACAAAGUUAUGCCCGGAAUGCCGAUCGCUGUAGACGCGUUUCGCUAUGGGAAAAUACCUGGGGUGAAAGCGUAUUUCCUAACGCACGCGCAUUCAGAUCAUUAUACCGCCCUUAACGAGAAAUGGGCAAAUGGACCUAUAUAUUGUUCAGAGACAACUGGGAAUCUGAUCAGGUUAAUGCUCGGAGUCAACUCGAAGUGGAUCCACCCCGUGCCAAUGGAUGUCCCGACACUGGUCCCUGAAACUGAAGUCACUGUCACCCUCGUUGAAGCUAACCAUUGCCCGGGCUCUGUUUUAUUUCUCUUUGAAGGACGGCGAACGGUGAAUGCAGGCGACUCAACAUUCAAAUCACCUCAUGUUGGCUCUCCGCGUGUGUUCCGCUACCUUCACUGUGGUGAUUUUCGUGCUUCUCCCCAACAUGCUCUACAUGCUGCCAUCAAGGGGAAAAAAUUGGAUAUCAUCUACCUCGAUACUACUUAUCUCAAUCCCAAAUAUUGUUUCCCUCCGCAACGACAAGUGAUCGAUGCAUGUGCCACUCUCGCAACGAGGUUGGUGCUCGGAACCGAGCCCACCAACAGCUCAGAGUCUGAUCUAACGGGAAAAAUCUCUAUGAAACCGAAGCCAUCGAUUGACGUCUGGGCAAGACCAAUAGUUAAAGGGCAACAUAAUGACGAUGCCUCUCUUCGGGAGGGACGCACUUUAGUUAUGGUUGGCACAUACUCAAUUGGUAAAGAACGCAUCGUGAAGGCCAUCGCUAAUGCUUUAUCCUCGAAAGUAUAUUGCGACAAGCGGAAAGCAGCCAUUCUGCGAUGCCAAGAUGAUCCCGAGUUGCAUGCCCUUCUCACGAACGACCCUUAUGAAGCCCAAAUACACCUUGUCCCCCUCGGUGCGCUGAACAGAGACAAAAUAGGGGACUAUCUUUCACAGUUCAAAGGCGCGUACACUCGAGUUGUGGGGUUUCGGCCUACAGGAUGGACAUAUUCGCCUCCCGCUGGAACUGACACUCUCCCAGCCCUUGCUCCCCUCAUAACACGCAUGCAAUCCCGGACGUUCCUCCCCUCUUCCCUGGUGCCCACGCGCAACUCGACGCCACGGCUCAUGCUCUACGGAGUACCCUAUUCAGAGCAUUCAUCCUUUCUUGAACUAUCUUGUUUCGCUUUAAGUACCCAUUGGGACAAGAUCAUUGCUACGGUAAAUGUCGGGACGGAAUCGGGACGAGGAAAAAUGAAUAGAUGGUUUGAGAAGUGGGAAAGCGAGAUCAAGCGGAGAAGAGAGAAAGGCGAGAACGGUAUGGUUGGCUUUCGGUCUAUCGAAUAUUGGUAAAGACAAUAGUACUGUGUAGUGUCGUUCUUGAUAUGUUCCGAGAAUCAUGCAGUGUGUGAUAAACCUGGGAAGGUUUUAUACUGCGCAUCUCUAAUACUUAGUCAAGGCUGAUGUGCCUUGCCUCAUUGGCAACGGGUGUCGUAUGGCAAGGCU